UCUUGAAUGGCGUUGCCUAGGUUUUCUUCUGGGGUUUUUAUGGUGUGAGGCCUUAUGUUUAAGUCUUUAAUCCAUCUGGACUUAAUUUUAGUGUAAGGUGUCCCAUGGUUUGAAAUCCUCAGUGGAGAUGCAGUGAGGAACGAGCUCAGGAAUCCCAAGUCCCCCUCACCCCUUCAUGAGGCUGUGAUCCCCAUGAGGACACAGGUCCCCUGACUCUCCCCUGCUCUUUGCCCCGAUGCAAAAGGAGGGGCCUGCAUCUCUGGAGUAGGUCUAUGUUGAGAGAAAGAGGAGCAGGGGAGGGAGCCUGCAGGAGGCCUCUCUGGACCCCCAUCAUUUUCCACAUGCAGGCCCACUGUGCCAUAAGCCAGGGCUGAGUGCAGCAGGGCCCUGGGGACUGGGGACUUCUCCCAGGCAUGGCAGGCAGCACUGGGGAGCAUUGGGCCCUGUCUGGAGACAGUUUGGUUGUGACAUGGGAGAGUAUUCCAGGCCUCUGGUGGGUGGACACCAGGGAUGCUGCCACAUGUCCUGCGAGGCACAGGACAGCCCCCUACCCUCCUCUCUAACAAAGAAUUAUCUCACCAGAAACCUCAGCGCCAGUUCCCACCCAGAUGAGGACCGACAGCCUGGAAGGACGGAUCUGCAGGGUUGCCCUCCCUGGGCCCUCUGCUUCCUGUCCUGGCCGGGACUGCACCUUUGGUGUCCUUCUCUCCCAUGGCCUGUGAGCCCCUGAACAUGGGCUCAUCCCCGCUACACCCAGAAGUGGCACAGAGGAGAGACACAGGCAGCCUCCAAGGGCCACACCUGGAGGCGUAGCGUCUGAGGUGCCUGUUACAGGGGACACAAAGGGCGGAGUGGUCCACUUGGGCUCCCUCAGGGCCUGAGGCGAGCUCCGCCUGGGUCCCAGGAAUGCUGCCAGGCACCAGGCAUUGCCUGAGCCUGAAGAAAGCCCCAAUUGAAGGUCACCCAUGGUGGGAGUGGGCCCCAUGGAGCUUCUGUGGACCCUUUCCCCGCCAACCUUGAGUGGAAGCCGUCUGGCUGAGCUGGAGAAGGCUCUGAGACAGCGUCUCCCCACCUCUGCUGUCCAGUGCUGCUGCCAGUACUGACUGGAGACAGCCCAGAGGUAACCAUGAAAAGCCUGUCACUGUGCCCAGCCCUGUUUGUGUAGGCUGCAGAGCCAAGACAGCAAAUACCACACAUCCGGGAGCCGUUCCCCAGUAAGAGCCCCACCACCAGCUCCUUCCUGUCCCCAGGUGUCCCUUCAUUUCUCCUUUCUGGAUGGGGACCAGAGGGCACAGGAGGGUAUAAAGGCGACCUGGAGGGACCCAGGCACAAGGAGACGCCAGCGAAGACUCUCCUGGCCAGAUCCCUGGGAUGCGCCAGCCAGAGGCCAUGCUGCUGCUGCUGCUCACCCUCGCCCUCCUGGGGGGUCCCACCUGGGCAGGGAAGAUGUAUGGCCCUGGAGGAGGGAAGUAUUUCAGCACCACGGAAGACUACAACCGUAAAAUCACAGGGCUGCGGGUGUCUUCGGCUCUUAUGGUGAAAAGUGUCCAGGUGAGACUUGGAGACUCCUGGGAUGUUAAACAGGGCGCUUCAGGUGGGCAGACCCAGGAAGUCAUCCUACAGCAAGAUGAAGGCAUCAUAAAAGUCGUUGGCGCCUUCAAAGUUUUCCUCCAGGGUAUGGCCUUGUGCACCAACAAAGGCCGCUGUUUCUAUUUUGGGAAUCUUGAGGGGAAUGUCUUCCUUGCCUACCCCAGCAAAGAGGGGCAGGUGCUGGUGAGCAUCUAUGGCGAGUAUGGACUCCUCGGCAUCAAGAGCAUUGGGUUUGAAUGGAAGUAACCACUCUAGGAGCUGACCACUGAGUGACUCAAAUGACCAUCAAAGGCACCCAUGGGUCACUAGGUUCAGUUAUGUGGCCACCCAAGCUGAGGCCAUCUGGGAGGUGGUGGCUGAUGGUACUGGAGUAACUGAGUCAGGAUGCUGAAUCUGAAUCCACCAAUAAAUAAUGCUUCUGCAGAAUCA